AUGACCAACGUCAAACUUUUACAAAAAGAAUCUAUCACUCUAGACAGAUUCUGGGACAUCGCAAAUGAUCUGUUUCAUUCAGAGAGACAAUUUGACGAGCUCAGAGAUAGCUGUACAGAGGAAAAAGUCAAUACUCUACUGGUGAACUACUUGACUCUCGUUUGUGAACAUUGCGACCAGCUCACAACACCAGACACUGAAGAGCAGUUUUACAAUGACAUAUCCGAGUAUGUCACUUGUCAUAGAUACUAUCGAUCGAACAUGCAGUUCUGCGUUCGCAAAAUGCUCUCAUUGCUCACGUAUAGUGUUGGUUGCAAUGAGAGUAAUUUGGCGCUCGAGUUCGACAUGCUGGACAACGACACCAGGGAACAGGUCAACAAUUCCAUAAUGGUGAACGAGAAGCUGAUACGAAUAAUUGGGUGGAUCCUCAUAGUCAACUACCAGUCGGAUAAAGAUACUCUUUUGCAGAUUCUAAAAGAUUUCAAUGGAUUUGAGACUCUGGCAGGUGUGCUCUCGAACUACUCACGAAUAUCACGUAACUCGGGUGACAAGGACCCGUAUAUUGCAAAUUACUCUCCGUACUUCGAGCUGUUUUAUGAGCUUUGCAAAAACUACGAAUUUGAAAGCACAGAGCUUGAUCACGUCCAGUCCCAGCUACUUGAAUAUUUAUUUGACAGCUUGGAGGUCGUGCCUAAGGAGGACAACAUCCUCAACUUUAUGAAAUUCAAGCUGCUGCUAGUGUUCAACGAGCAAUUCAUGGUCUCUCAGUUUUCGUCGGCAGCAGAGAACUCGCAUCAGAUAGAAAAUCGGUUUUUCUUUAAGAUGACGGAAGACGGUCAACGAUUCCAAAAUUUCAACGAGGUUCUCAUUUUGAACUUCAACAGAGAGCAGGACCACGUCCUUCAAAUACUAAUGCUCAAGGUGCUGUAUCUGGUGUUCACCACCUCUCAUACGUGCGGCAAAUUUUAUAUCAACGAUCUCAAACUUAUCAUAGACAUCAUGAUCCGAGAACUGUUCAAUCUGUCGACUGUGAAAGAAGAAGCGCUAAUCAACACGUACUUACGCGUGCUCUAUCCGAUGAUACUAUUUUCAAACAUCAAGGAAGAAGGCUACAAAAAAGAAAGCAUUUCUGAGGUCCUCAGAUAUCUUGUUGGGGCAGAGCAGACCUCUGAGACUACCAAACGGCUGGCCGAGCGGUGCCUGGUGCUGAAUUUUUUUGACGACAAGGGCGGCCCUCCCUUGAUCACACGAAACGCCGCGCCAUACACACAUUCGCGGGAAAACUCGUCGCAGUCAUCUGUGGUGAGCGAGAUCGACUCGCCAGACUCACCAACUGCACCCAUCGACCGAAGCAGGAGCAAUUCGUCUGUCUCGUCGCAGGAUUCCAAGGGUCUUCAUCGUAAACGGCCUCCUCCCCCGCCUCCACGCCGGUACAACCAGCGGAACGGCUCCGAGCUGAUGCUGAGUCGGACCAAGGUGGCCAAUAAAUAG